CUACAAAAGAAAGGGGCAGGGCAUGGCUUGCAUCAGAGUGAUGUAAUCUGUCUGACAGUUGGAUGGCUGCAGGAGGCAAGUCAGACAUUGGAAUAUGGAAAAAAUUAUGAUGGAUAUCAGAUGGGGGAGCUCUUUGUGAAACAGGUAUUGGUUUUCUUGAUUUCCUUUGAAAGAGCUCAUGGCCCAGGAUAUCAAAUGCUACUUAUGGUUGGUAACUCACAGGGCCAUUCUGCAUAUGCAAAGGAUGCCCUUCUUGCAUCACACAUGAAUGUAAACCCAGGUGGUAAACAAGCCCACAUGCAGGAUGGGUGGUUUGUGUGCAAUGGAGAAAAGAUCAUACAGCCAAUGAUCUUUCCACAGAAUCAUCCUGAAUUCCCUGACAUGCCAAAGGGCAUGAAACAGGUCCUUACUGAAUGUGGUUUGUGGCAGGAUAACCUUUGA